CCAAGUCCUUUUUUCCUACCCUUUUAAAUUCAUGUCUAGGAUUUUUCUUAUCACACUUGUUCUGAUAUUAUGAGGAACUCAACUUUAUUCAAAUGUGUGUGUUUGGUGUAGAUCCAACCCAUGGAGUAUGAAGUGAUUAUGGGGAUUGUCAAUGAGCAUCACCACUGGACAUUAGUGGUGAUUUAUCCUAGAGAAAAAAAAUCUCUUUUCCUGGAUCCAUUGGGAGAAUCUAAAACUGACAUCAAGAAGUGCUUGGAGAUAACAAGGGGUUUCAUGAGAGCGAAAGGGAUCAGUGUGUCCAGGUGGUCUUGUGACACUGUUCCACAUCCCAAAGAAGUCGAUGGGACCUCAUGUGGAGUGUUUGCUUUGACAUUUGCUGAGAAGAUUCUGAAAGGGGAGAGCAUUGAAUUUGAUACAAACACACAAGCUGUGAACAGUCUCAGAUUCACAAUUGCACUUACACUCCUUCAACAGACUGAUGACCUCACCGAUGUUUGCCAUCACUGUGGGGAAGAGGAACACGAGACAAAUGUGGACUGGAUACAGUGUGAUGAUUGUCUCCGAUGGUUCCACCAGGAGUGUGUGGGAAACCCACCAGUGGACGAGGCUUUUCACUGUCCCACUUGCGUUUCUAAAUAAAAAAAACAGCCUUGAAAAGACAUUGUUAUAGGUUGUGAAUGGAGAUUUUGCAUGAAAAACAGUGUAUUUGUGCUGACAUUAAAGUGUACAUAGACCAACUUAAAUGA